AUGGCGUACGGUGAUGGGACAGGUCGUGCGGCCAGGGAAGGCAGGUGUGGAGGCGUUCCACGAUUAGGACAAACACUCAAAGCUCUCACGGUGAAAGCAAGAACCUCAAGCUCGAAUAACCUCAAAGAGGGUUCUCAUGUCAUGGAGUAUGGUGACAAGACCUUCAAGGAUGAGAAGCUUUUCCUUUAUCAAGGUUUUGAUCCUGCUAACACCAUCAUUGCAAACACACUGCUUAGGAUAGGCCCAAACGACGCAGUUAAUCAAAGAGAUGCUGAUCUUCUCUUCAUGUGGAAUAGGUAUGAACAGUUGAAUGGGGGAUCUGAAGAGAAGAUGAGGGUUCUCAGGGAGAUUAAAGUUCCUGUCGCACACAGGAAGCAUCUUUACAGCAGUAUCGAUUUCAUUGGGAAGCUUGUCUUUGGGUUUGAGAAUGGGCCUUCAAUGCUUGAGGCUGUUAGAACCUCUGGUCAACCAUUAGUCGAUGAUUGGGAUUGUUUGAAGAGGGUGGUGCGAAUUUCUGAAUCCGAAUGCGGUUCACUGACUCAGUAUGGCAUGAAGGACAUGGGGGCGUUUGCAAACAUAUGCAACAGUGGUAUCCCUGAGGUCAAAAUGAUGGAAGCAAGCAUGAGCGCUUGCAGCAGUUACAAGUUUACAACUAGGCGAGGUGGAGCCCAGUGACUCAGGGGACAGUCUAUGAGCAAUAGCAAAGAUCCCCGAGAUUUCCUGACAUCCUUUGUGCAAACUUGUGUAAUCUGGGACUGUA